AUGAGUGUUGUACCAACUUUGACAUUAUUUAAUGAAAGUUCUAAUUUCAAACUCUCCAUCCAUUUUCCUCAUGAUUAUUGGUCACCAGGUAGUUUACAAAAAACAUUACAUUCUGUUGAGCACAUCUACGAUCAUAAAAUUCGCUAUAUGAUGCAGAAUGACGCGAAACUAUUUUCCCAUGAUCGUUUCAAAAAUCUACCAUCGUCUAUUGGUCAAGCAAUUAAAAAAAGUGAUACACCUCAACUAUGUAUCCUCAUCAAGUCCGUUAGUCAAUCUAAACCUUCUCCGCAAUUAAAACAACAGAAACAAGAAGAAAUUACAAGUUAA